AUGCCGUGGACAACAGCCGAACACUCACCGAACACCUUCGCCCGGCCUCUUGGCCCCAAUGAGGUGUUCAUCAAGCUAAUCAGUGACCCCGGCCACCCGCUGGGUCGUGAACACUGGGCCAUCAACUACACGGCCACCAUCAGUCCUCGUGGGGCAUAUACUGCUUUGUCGGGCUCGCCUGACCUCGUACCAGCCCUCAUCCGCUAUAGUUGGUUACACCUGCGCUUCCAGCAUCCUAGUCUAGCUGCACAUCCGGACUCCAACUCCAACGUCAUCUACACGGUUCCAGACUCGGCCAAUGCUCUUAGCAAAUGGGCUUCGCAGACCUUUAUCGUGGAGGCUGAUGCCCGGUCCGCUGACGAGGUGAUUCCCACCAUUGUACCAGCUGCCGACGCCCGGCUGUACUAUGUCUCCCAAUCUAGUGAACUGCUCCUGCAUACCGCACACUGGCGUAUGGAUGGAGUCGGCGGCCUGCUACUCCUCGGCCAACUGGUGGACCUGAUGGUCUCACAUGCCGACACUCUUCUCGCAGGGAAUCUGCCAGACCCCUUCGAUUCCUUCCAAUGGGGUUCGGAGGUCGCACGGCUGGCGCCACCGGUCGAAGAAGCCGGCAACAUGCCCCUCACCGCGACCGACGAGCAGAAGGCUGUCGCACACGAGGCAGUUGGAACCUUUGCCCUGGCGGCGGGCGCUCUUGGGGUGCCCUAUACCGGUGAUGCCUCAUGUCUGCCCUCGGGCACGCGGGCCGCCGAGCUCAAGUUCUCGUUGGCUGCCACUUCCGCCGUUGUGUCUGCCGCAAAAGCACGUGGAGUCGGGAUGACGGCCGCCGUGCAUGCCAGCCUGGCCGCAGCCAACUUCCAGCACGCGAUCGCUGAGCAUCAGGGUCGCCACUACACCAGCACCAUCAAACAAUCGUUGAGACCGUAUCUCCCCGAACCGUACUCGACGCCCGCGGCUGCGGCCGGACUAUACACGUCCGGUUGGUUAGCGCGUGUCGACUCCUCCGCGACUUGGGAUGAGAAUGCCCGCAUGUAUCAGACGGAGUAUGAGAAGGGUAUCAGUAGUGAAUAUCUCCAGGCACACCGGGAAUAUGCGUCUACUUUGGUCGAUUUGAUGAAGCACCUGCCGACUCCCACGGAGCCACCCAGCGAUAUUGAUAUCAGCAGUAUGGGAAUCAUGGAGAAAUAUCUGGAGCGCGAAUAUGGAACCCCGGAGCGCGGGUUUGGCAUCACACAUGCCGGAGUUGGCGUGGAAAUCAUCUCGCGCCAAGGGGUAGUUUUUGUAUGGACGUUCCGUGAUCAGUUGACACUGCGACUGGUGUAUAAUGAGGCCUUCCACACCCCCGAGCAAAUGACGGAGUUUUUACAUGACAUUCAAGCGGACCUGUUGAAGCAUUUACGUGUGGAAGAGUAG